AUGGUUGUCUCUGAAUCAAACAGAGGGAAGAGACUGCGUUUGUUUUCCUCUUUUUUCUCUUGCACACGGGAUCAAAACAAGCUCAAACAUGGACCUCGUGAAGUGGGAAAAACUCUUCAGAGAGACAAUAAGGUGUCCAGGAAUGAGAACGAAGCUCUUAGAGAGGAAAACAAGUCUCUCUGGGGAGAAAACAAAGCUCUUCAAAGAGAAAACAAAGCCUUCCGGAUGGACAACCAGUUAAUCCGGGAAGGGAACCAGUCCCUGAGACAGCAAAACCAGGUCUUGUGGAAGUUGAAAAUCGUGAUUUUAGAAAGUCAAAAACCACCCGGGGGAAAAAUCAGUGCCUCAAACACAGAAAGAAAGUCUUAUUGGCAACAGAACCAAGCCCUGGAGGCUCAGAUCAGGGCUCUCAGGGAACGGGAGAAAGCCUUCCAGAAAGAGGCAAAAGCCCUUCAAGAAGAAAUCCAGUCUCUCCAGGAGGAGGUCAAGGCCCUGCAGCAUCAGGAGAGCGCCAUCAAGAUGGAGGCACAGACGCUGAUGAAGGAGGGAUUCGCGCUAGAAAUGCAAGAGCAGGCUCUGUGGAAGGAGAAGCAGGCCCUUCGCGAGGAAAACAAGGCUCUUAGAGAGGAGAACGGGGCUCUUCAAGAGGAGGAAAAGGCCCUUUUGGAAGAGGCCAAGGUCCUUGAGGAGUGGAAUAAGAUUCUAGAGGGGAAAGACGGCAAACAGGCUUGUUGA